GUAAUUCUUCCAAGCUCCCAAGUGACGUGGCUUCAAUGACGGCACGAGUCGUGCUGUUACGGUGAAAUUGUGUCGUUUUAAUAUAAUUGUAAAACAAUAUUGUAACUAUGAGAAUUUGAUAGUUGAGAUUAUUUAAGAUACUUUCAAACUCAUUGUCGGGAAACGAUAAUUAAACGUUGAUUUAAUUAGAAAAAUGACUACUUAUGAAGAUUUCAUUCAACAAAAUGAAGACCGCGAUGGAGUACGUAUCACUUGGAAUGUUUGGCCUUCUUCACGUUUAGAUGCCACCAGACUUGUCGUGCCAUUAGGAACACUUUACCAACCGAUCAAAGAAAGGCCAGAUCUUCCACCAAUACAGUAUGAUCCUGUUCUUUGUACAAGAUCUACUUGUAGAGCAAUUUUGAAUCCACUGUGCCAGGUGGAUUACCGUGCUAAGCUAUGGGUGUGCAACCUUUGCUUUCAGAGGAAUCCUUUUCCUCCACAAUAUGCUGCUAUUUCAGAACAACAUCAGCCGGCUGAAUUGAUACCGAAGUUUUCGACAAUUGAAUAUACCAUAAUGAGAGCACAAUGCUUGCCUCCUAUUUUCUUGUUGGUCGUGGAUACAUGUAUGGAUGAUGAAGAACUAGGUUCCCUCAAAGAUUCAUUGCAAAUGUCACUUUCUCUGCUCCCAUCUAAUGCCCUAAUUGGUCUUAUUACAUUUGGAAGAAUGGUCCAAGUUCAUGAACUAGGUUGUGAAGGAUGUAGUAAAAGUUAUGUUUUUCGGGGUACUAAGGAUUUACAACCAAAACAAGUCCAAGAUAUGUUGGGUAUAGGCAGACCAAUGCCGGGUCAAAAUCCAAAUCAACAAAGAGGACCAAGUGGACAACCACUUCCGCCAGCUAAUCGCUUUUUACAGCCUGUACAUAAGUGUGAUAUGAGUUUAACAGACCUUCUGGGAGAAUUACAACGCGAUCCAUGGCCGAUCGGUCCGGGAAAACGUCCAUUGCGAUCAACUGGUGUCGCACUAGCCGUUGCUACUGGUCUUUUGGAAGCCAGUUAUGCUAAUACAGGAGCUAGAAUAAUGUUAUUUGUCGGUGGGCCUUGUUCUCAAGGACCAGGUCAAGUCGUAACGGACGACUUAAGACAGCCUAUUAGAUCUCACCAUGAUAUUCAAAAAGAUAACGCCAAACAUAUGAAAAAGGCGACUAAACACUAUGAUUCUCUCGCGUCACGAGCCGCAACCAAUGGCCACAUAAUAGAUAUAUACUCAUGCGCUCUCGAUCAAACUGGUCUGUUAGAAAUGAGACAAUGUUGUAACUCAACAGGUGGUCACAUGGUCAUGGGAGAUUCUUUCAAUUCUUCUCUAUUUAAACAAACGUUCCAACGUGUGUUCGCUAAGGAUCAUAAAGGCGACUUGAAAAUGGCAUUUAAUGCGACAUUAGAAGUAAAGACAUCGCGAGAGAUCAAAGUUUCGGGUGCGAUUGGACCCUGUGUGUCUCUGGGCGUAAAAGGAUCGAGUGUCGGAGAACAGGAAGUAGGAUUAGGUGGAACGUGUCAGUGGAAAUUUUGUUCCCUUACGCCAUCCAGUACUACAGCAUUGUUUUUCGAGGUUGUUAAUCAACAUACUGCGCCGAUUCCUCAAGGUGGAAGGGGCUGCAUUCAGUUCAUCACACAGUAUCAACAUAGUAGUGGUCAACGAAGAAUCAGAGUUACUACGAUCGCUAGAAAUUGGGCGGAUGCAUCAACAUCUUUGCAUCAUAUAAGUGCUGGUUUUGAUCAAGAAGCAGCAGCUGUUCUUAUGUCACGUUUAGCGGUAUUUAAAGCAGAGAGUGAUGACGGACCAGAUGUUCUAAGAUGGGUCGAUCGAAUGCUUAUCAGAUUGUGCCAGAAAUUCGGAGAAUACGCAAAAGAUGAUCCAAACAGUUUUAGACUUGCAGAGAAUUUCUCUUUAUAUCCUCAAUUUAUGUAUCAUUUGCGUAGAUCGCAAUUCUUACAAGUAUUUAAUAAUUCCCCCGAUGAAACUAGUUUUUAUAGACAUAUGCUCAUGCGAGAAGAUUUAACAAAUUCUUUAAUAAUGGUGCAGCCAAUUUUGUAUAGUUAUGGAUUUAGUGGUCCCCCAGAACCAGUUUUAUUAGAUACUUCGUCUAUUCAACCAGACAGGAUUUUAUUGAUGGAUACUUUCUUCCAAAUCCUUAUAUUCCAUGGAGAGACCAUUGCACAAUGGCGCCAAUUAAAAUAUCAAGAUUUGCCGGAAUACGAGAAUUUCAGACAAUUAUUAGCAGCGCCUGUUGAUGAUGCCGCUGAAAUAUUAGCUGAACGGUUUCCUGCACCAAGAUAUAUUGAUACUGAACAAGGUGGUUCACAAGCGAGAUUUUUAUUGAGUAAAGUAAAUCCAAGUCAAACCCACAAUAAUAUGUACGCCUAUGGAGCGGGGAUGCCGAUACCCAGUGGGGUGUGUUCUUCAUUCAUUUGAUAAUUAUAUUUCUCUUAUUAUAUUUGCUUUCAUUGCUUUGGUAAUGGAAUUUGAUCGAAAAAAUUUACAGACCUAGACAGUUGAUAUCUAUCUAUGCAGUAAAAUAUUUAUUUUCUCUUUAUCAUACACGUUUCUUAACAGUAGUAAAAUAACUAACAUAUUAAUCGUUACUUCGAAAGUUUACAGGAACAUUAAUAUUGAGUCGUUUUAAUUUAUCUGACAUUAUUUAACACAAUUUCAUGUUGCUAUAAAGCAAGCAUAAAAUUCUACACACUUUAACAGUUUUUUGUAGCAGUAUUGUCACAAUUCACUGGUGGUUGGCAUCAAGACAUCUUUUUUCUUAAAAUAUAUUUUUAUCAAUUGUAACUAACUCUAAUAUCUUUUCUUCUUUUUUUCUAUGGAUUUGGGAAUAAAACUCUUUGAUUCCUCUCUACUUCUACAAUUAUCAAUUGUAAUUUCUAAUUAAUUGUUAUUAUGAUUUAGGAAAGUGGAGCACCUGUCUUAACUGACGAUGUCAGUCUACAAGUAUUCAUGGAGCAUUUGAAAAAAUUGGCUGUAUCAUCCACGGCUUAAAAUGCAGCAAUACAAAAGAUAUUCUCAUUGUUUUGCAUAUGCAAAAUUUAAUGCCUCAGACACUAUGAUGAUAAUUGACACCUAUAGUUGCAGUCUAUUAAGGAAGGUAAAAUAGAUACAGUAAGAAUUUCCAUUAUAAUGAAAAUAUACGAUUAAUGAAAUAUAUAAUAAUUCUCCAAUAUUUUUUCCGAAGUCAAGAUAUAAUUCAUGUACAAAUAAAAUACAUAGUAUUAAUGUAAUACAUAUUUUACAUCCAUGUUUCCAUUUUUUUAAUGUGUCAUUAAUAUCAUAAUUUAUUUUUCAAGAAUGCUCUUUAUUAUAAAUGUGAUCACGUUCUCAUUUUCUUUUGGAAAAUUGUAAACAGUGAAGCAGAACGAAUAAUGGAUUAGUUAUUGUAAACAACAGGUUAAAAAUCUGUAAUGGCAAUCGAGUUUGUAUAUUAUGAAUCAUAAAAAUAUAUAAUAUUGUACUAUUUUUUAUUAAUUAAAACUGCAGCUGUUUUAAUAACAAUUUGAAAGAAAUGCAAUUUA